CAGCCGCCUCUGAGCACGCUGGGAAAAUCCUUCCUCCCUCGGACAUGGCGCUCACCUGCCCGGCGGCAGCAGCCGGCUCCGGCGCCGCGGUUCGCGGGUCCGGGCGGAAGAGCAGCUCCAGCUUCAGCCGUGGGGUGGAAGGAGGCGGCGGCGGCGACGGCGGCGGCGACGGCGGAGGCGCGGCCCGCGGGCCCGGGUGUUAGACCUGAGGGAGCCCGGGGAGCCGGCCGGGGCGCGCAGGGUGCAACGGGGCGCGCACCAGCCCCGGGACGCAGCCGGCAUGGUGUCCCAGGUGCUGCAGCUGCUCCGGCAGGGCGUGUGGGCCGCGCUCACCGGGGGCUGGUACCACGACCCGGAGCAGAGCAAGUUCACCAACAGCUGCCACCUCUACCUGUGGCUGUUCCUGCUGCUACUGCCCCUGGCGCUGCACCUGGCUUUUCCUCCAAAUGUGAUCAUUGUAUUUUUCUACUGCAGUGCAGUGACUAUAUUCUUCACAAUAAUCAAACUAGUCAGUUACCGCCUACACCUCAUGUUUGACAAAGGAGAAGUAAUUCAGCAAAAGCCCUCCAGAAAGGAAGAAAAGCCAAAUAAAGACAAGGAGGCCAAAGGUGAACACAUAACUAAUCCCAAAAAUCCAAGCAAUAAUAGGCAGAUUCACAAUGGCAAAAAGGAAGAGGCCAGUCGAAACCUCUCCACGCCUCCCCUCCGCUGCAGCUCCAGAGGGCAAAGUAUAACCUCUCAUCACUCUUCUGGGCCAUUGGAGUUGUCAGCACAGGAAACCGUAGAAGAUCUCAAAGGUGUCAUUCUAUCAGAAGACCAUCCCAUAGCACCAGUGUCAUCUACCUCACCUGGUAUCAAAAUGGAAAGUUUACCUGCUUGUCAAGCACACAUGCUGGAAACCAUGCCCAAGUCAGCAAUACCCGUAAAACCAAUUGCCACAGAAACUCUCAUCAAUGGUAAAGGAAAGGAAAGAGGAGGCAAGGGGCAGCCUCCUUUGCGCCACAGAUCCGAGGGUGGCUUAGUGGAUAAGGGACCCUUGAAGAAGUUGCCCCACCUGUCUUUGUCUCAGUAUGACUUACUAGAAACAGACAUUUCUUUCCAGCCAUGGGGGAGUGAGAAUUCAGUCCUGAUUCCAGAACCUGUCAGUUGUCCCCAGGGUUCCGUAAGGGAACGGGUACAAAGCAAGUCACCCCAAGACAGCCUGAGCAGCAGCUGCCCUCAGUGUGACACCAUCGUGGCCAAGCCUGUGGAGGAGCCAGCAGACACAUCCUGUCAGGUGGAUACCUCCUGCCAGGUGGACCUGCCCUUGAACCAGGAAGUGGACUCCUCAGAUAGUGAGGUGGCUAUUACUCUCAUCGAUACUUCUCAACCCGGAGACCCACUGAGUCUACAUGAACCCAUAAAAAUUGUUAUCACGAUGAGCAGUACCCCAAACUCCAUGACAGAUUUGGAAAGCUCCCUCCACCUGAAGGUGGUUGGCAUAGAGAAGACCGGUGUAAAGUCUGACGCUGAGCCAACUAACCCAGGGGCGGCCAGUUCUCCCAAUGCCGAGCAGAUCUCAAUUCCCGUGAUCACCCUGGACCUGCCUGAGGGUGGGGGAGGAGGUGUUCCCUGUUCUGAAGGCAAUGGAAGUGAAAGGACUCCAGAGAGACUGAAGGCAAGGGUAUCCACCAAUCAGUGUUCUGGCUAUGGAUCUGGGGAGGGGGGAAGUGCCACCAAGGAUCACAGUUCUUCCUCACGGGAACCCUGGGAAUCAGCGUCCCGGCUUACACCUGAUACAGCCUCUGAGUCUAAGGUGGGGAAGGAAGGCCUGACUAACCUUGACCCAUUGUCUUGUAAGUCCAGCCAUGAAAAGAGGCAUGCCCGGGUGCUCAGUGUGGACAGUGGAACAGAUGUCUUCUUGAGUAAAAGUUCCGCAGAAAUUGUUAAUGAUACAGAGAAAACAAUGCCAACUUCCAAAUCUGAUCUAGAGGCUAAGGAAGGACAAAUACCAAAUGAGUCCAACUUCCUGGAAUUUGUCUCCCUGUUAGAAUCCAUUAAUACUUCCAAGAUGGCCGCAUCCAAUCAAUUGAAUGGCUCAGCAGAGCAGAAUGAAGAAAGUGGGCUUCUCCAAGAUAACACUUCCCAGGAAAAAAAGGAGGAAAUCCUCGAAAAUGAAAAGCCCAGUGGACACAGUCCUAAGCAAGGAAAACCAGACUUACAAAGUCAAGACCAUACUAGCACCAGCCCCGUGUGCACUCAGCCUGCCAAGACUACGGCCUUUUUCCAGGGCAAUAGACAAAGACAGAUAAUCUACAGGGUAACUUCCCAACAAGAUAGUUCUGUCUUGCAAGUCAUCAGUGGGCCUGAAACGUCUGUACAAGAAGAGAUAUCUGUGGAUGCUAUGCAUGUCUUCAUUGAUGAACAUGGGGAAAUUAGAUCCUGUUAUUUAAAAUCCGGAAAUCAGAAAGAAGGCCCUUUACAGCCUCUACCAUCAAACUGUGACUGUCUGUCUCAGGCUCGAGAGAUGCAGGUCAGCUCCUCCAGUACCACAACUUCUGAGAGUCAAGAUCCGUCUUCUGGGGACCCUGCUGUCAGUGCCCUUCAGCAACAGCUGUUACUGAUGGUGGCUCGCAGGACCCAGUCAGAAACUCCACGGCAUGUGAGUCAGGAUCUGGAAGCCUCGUCAUGUUCUUCAACACAAGGAAAAUUUAACCGAGAGCAGUUUUACAAAUUUAUCAUUUUCCCUGGCAAGUGGAUUAAAGUCUGGUACGAUCGACUGACCUUGCUGGCAUUACUUGAUCGAACUGAAGACAUCAAGGAGAAUGUACUGGCGAUUUUACUCAUUGUCCUGGUUUCCCUCCUUGGAUUUCUGACCUUGAGCCGAGGCUUUUGCAAAGAUAUGUGGGUGCUCCUCUUCUGCCUCGUCAUGGCCAGCUGCCAGUACUCCCUGCUAAAGAGUGUUCAGCCUGACCCCGCCUCACCAAUACACGGACACAACCAAAUCAUAACAUAUAGCAGACCAAUCUAUUUUUGUGUGCUGUGUGGCCUUAUUUUGCUUCUUGAUACAGGGGCCAAAGCCAGGCACCCUCCCAGUUACAUUGUGUAUGGCCUGAAGCUCUUCUCUCCAGUGUUUCUCCAAUCAGCUAGGGACUACCUAAUAGUAUUUUUAUAUUGCUUCCCUGCUAUUUCCCUCCUUGGACUCUUCCCGCAAAUCAACACUUUCUGCAUUUAUCUUUUGGAGCAAAUUGACAUGCUGUUUUUUGGUGGUUCUGCUGUGUCUGGGAUAACUUCAGCUGUUUACAGCGUGGCCCGGAGCUUCUUGGCUGCCGCCCUGCUCCACGCGGUCUGCUUCAGUGCAGUGAAGGAACCGUGGAGCACGCAGCACAUCCCGGCCCUGUUUUCAGCCUUCUGUGGCCUCUUGGUCGCCCUUUCCUACCAUCUGAGCCGGCAGAGCAGUGACCCAUCUGUACUCAUGUCCUUCAUCCAAUGCAGACUGUUGCCUAAAUUUUUACAUCAAAAUCUGGAAGAGUCAGCUGCUGACCCUCUCCCCAAGAAGAUGAAAGAUUCAGUGACGGAUGUCUUAAAAUGGGAUCUCAUCGUCUGCGCAGUGGUUGCUGUCCUCUCAUUUGCAGUCAGCGCCAGCACUGUAUUCCUGUCAUUGCGACCAUUUCUCAGCAUCGUGCUGUUUGCCUUGGCUGGUGCCGUGGGGUUUGUAACACAUUACCUGCUCCCUCAGCUCCGCAAGCAUCAUCCCUGGAUGUGGAUUUCACACCCCAUUCUCAAAAACAAAGAGUAUCAUCAACGGGAAGUGAGAGAUGUCGCCCAUUUAAUGUGGUUUGAAAGACUCUAUGUUUGGCUUCAGUGUUUUGAAAAAUACAUCUUGUACCCAGCGCUAAUUUUGAAUGCCCUCACUAUUGAUGCAUUUUUAAUAAGCAAUCACCGGAGACUUGGUACCCACUGGGACAUUUUUCUGAUGAUCAUUGCUGGCAUGAAACUGUUGCGGACUUCAUUUUGCAACCCAGUUUACCAGUUUAUUAACUUAAGCUUCACUGUCAUCUUUUUCCACUUUGACUACAAAGAUAUUUCAGAGAGCUUCUUACUGGAUUUCUUCAUGGUGUCCAUUUUAUUUAGCAAGCUCGGGGACCUGCUUCACAAGUUACAGUUUGUCCUGACGUAUGUGGCUCCUUGGCAGAUGGCUUGGGGUUCUUCGUUUCACGUGUUUGCUCAGCUCUUUGCCAUUCCUCAUUCUGCCGUGCUUUUCUUUCAGACGAUUGCCACGUCAAUCUUUUCUACCCCAUUGAGCCCAUUUCUUGGGAGUGUCAUUUUCAUCACAUCGUAUGUCAGGCCAGUGAAAUUCUGGGAGAAAAACUACAAUACAAGGCGUGUGGAUAAUUCCAACACAAGACUGGCAGUCCAAAUUGAAAGAGAUCCAGGGAAUGAUGACAACAAUCUCAAUUCCAUUUUUUAUGAACACUUGACAAGGACCCUCCAGGAGUCCCUCUGUGGAGACUUAGUUCUUGGUCGUUGGGGCAACUACAGCUCUGGCGAUUGCUUUAUUUUGGCUUCAGAUGACCUCAAUGCCUUUGUUCACCUGAUUGAAAUUGGAAAUGGUCUUGUCACCUUUCAACUUCGAGGACUGGAAUUCCGAGGAACCUACUGCCAGCAGAGGGAGGUGGAAGCCAUCAUGGAGGGCGAUGAGGAUGACAGAGGCUGCUGCUGCUGCAAACCAGGCCACUUGCCCCACCUGCUGUCCUGCAAUGCUGCCUUUCACCUCCGCUGGCUCACCUGGGAAAUCACGCGGACCCAGUACAUCCUGGAGGGCUACAGCAUCCUGGACAACAACGCGGCCACCAUGCUGCAGGUGUUUGACCUCCGAAGGAUCCUCAUCCGCUACUACAUCAAGAGUAUAAUAUACUAUAUGGUAACGUCUCCCAAACUCCUCUCCUGGAUCAAAAAUGAGUCACUUCUGAAGUCCCUGCAACCCUUUGCCAAGUGGCAUUACAUUGAGCGUGACCUUGCAAUGUUCAACAUUAACAUUGAUGAUGACUACGUCCCGUGUCUGCAGGGGAUCACACGAGCUAGCUUCUGCAAUGUUUAUCUAGAAUGGAUUCAACACUGCGCACGGAAAACACAAGAGCCUUCAAAGACCCUGGACAGUGACGAGGACUCUCCCUUGGUGACCCUGUCCUUCGCCCUGUGCACCCUGGGGAGGAGAGCUCUGGGAACGGCCGCUCACAAUAUGGCCAUCAGGACUUUGUUUUGCAGCCUGGAUUCUUUCCUAUAUGGCCUCCAUGCCCUCUUCAAAGGUGACUUCAGAAUAACAGCACGUGACGAGUGGGUAUUUGCUGACAUGGACCUACUGCAUAAAGUUGUAGCUCCAGCUAUCAGGAUGUCCCUGAAACUUCACCAGGACCAGUUCACUUGCCCUGACGAGUAUGAAGACCCAGCAGUCCUCUACGAGGCCAUCCAGUCCUUUGAGAAGAAGGUGGUCAUCUGCCAUGAGGGUGACCCAGCCUGGCGGGGCGCAGUGCUGUCCAAUAAGGAAGAGCUGCUCACCCUGCGGCACGUGGUGGACGAGGGCGCCGACGAGUACAAGGUCAUCAUGCUCCACAGAAGCUUCCUGAGCUUCAAGGUGAUCAAGGUUAACAAAGAAUGCGUCCGAGGACUUUGGGCUGGACAGCAGCAGGAGCUCAUAUUUCUUCGCAACCGCAAUCCAGAGCGCGGCAGCAUCCAGAACAAUAAGCAGGUCCUGCGGAACUUGAUUAACUCCUCCUGCGAUCAGCCCCUGGGGUACCCCAUGUAUGUCUCCCCACUAACCACAUCCUACCUAGGGACCCACAAGCAGCUGAAGAACGUCUGGGGUGGACCCAUCACUUUGGACAGAAUUAGGACCUGGUUCUGGACCAAGUGGGUAAGGAUGCGGAAGGACUGCAAUGCCCGCCAGCAGAGUGGCGGCAACAUUGAAGACGUGGACGGAGGAGGGGCCCCGGCGACAGGUGGCAACAAUGCCCCGAGUGGUGGCAGCCAGGAGAGCAGCACAGAACAGCCCAGAAAAGGUGGUGCUCAGCACGGGGUGUCAUCCUGUGAAGGGACACAGAGAACAGGCAGGAGGAAAGGCAGGAGCCAGUCUGUGCAGGCACACUCGGCACUAAGCCAAAGGCCGCCCAUGCUGAGCUCAUCUGGCCCCAUCUUAGAGAGCCGCCAAACAUUCCUGCAGACGUCCACCUCAGUGCAUGAGCUGGCCCAGAGGCUCUCGGAAAGCCGGCUCUCCUUGCACACCUCAGCCACGUCCCUGCACUCGCAGCCCCCGCCUGUCACCACCACGGGCCACCUGAGCGUCCGCGAGCGGGCCGAGGCACUCAUCAGGUCCAGCCUGGGCUCUUCCACCAGCUCCACCCUGAGCUUCCUCUUUGGCAAGAGGAGCUUUUCCAGCGCGCUCGUCAUUUCCGGACUCUCUGCUGCGGAGGGGGGCAAUACCAGUGACACCCAGUCAUCCAGCAGCGUCAACAUCGUGAUGGGCCCCUCGGCCAGGGCUGCCAGCCAGGCCACUCGGCACCUCUCCGAGCCAUGUGAGCCCACCGAUGCCACCGAGCAGGGGCAGCUUCGUGACCGACGUCCGGCUGAGGCUGUGCCGGAGACUCUCGGGGUUGUCUGCAGGAGAGCAAGCCAGGAGGACAUGGGCCUGGACGACACGGCCUCGCAGCAAAGUGUGUCGGACGAGCAGUGACGGGCAUGCGACCGGGCGGGGAGGCCGGGUCCCCACCGCUCCCACCUGCAUUGCUCUCCUUCGUGCUCCCCAAAUCACAACCAACCAAUACUGCGAUCCAUGAGGGGCUCCUCCUGUGGAAAAGGAGAGCUGUUCCAGAACACAGAACUUAUCUCAGGUUUUUGAAAAAAACAAACAAACAAACAACAACAAAAAAAAACCUCACAUGAUGGGGAAACAAACAAACAACAAAGAAGCCACAGCACACCUUCCCCGCCAGGCACAGCACCGCCCAGAACGGCGCACCACGGACAGCACCACACAUGUUCCAGAAUCUGAAAUCGCAGACAAAAGCCAUUUACUAUUUUAAAACAACUAAACAGAGCCAUGAAACAAAUGCCCUGAUGAAAAUAAGACAACUGCAUGUUACAUCAUUGGCACUUUAUAUGUUACUGUUACCAUGAAAAAUAAAUGAACAGCAGCACGUCUGAUACCAUCAGCCGGUUAGAUGCAUUAAGAUUAAAUCUAAGUGUCAGGAAAACCCUAUUUCUUUAUAAUAUUUAUGCAGCUGUUAAGCGUAACAUGGUGGCAGCUUCACAACAAGAACCGUGAUCGUGCAUGCAGUCAUGUCUCCAGUAUUCUGUGAAGAGCCAGGAUACAUUAGGAUGUGAGUUUUAGAAACUGAGUCCAUUCGGUGCAUGGAAAGCCCCCUCGGCGUCACACAAUGCCCCUCACUGUAGUCUAAGCGAUUUGUGGGCUGCCAGCACCCUGCGGGCUUCCCAGGGACGCGUGCUUGUUCUCCAAGCCCCGCAACCCUUACUGUGUCACACAACACUCGCACACACCUUUGUUUUUGAAAUUAAAAUGUUUAUAGUUA